UUCUUUAGGUUUCACGGAAAGGGAAAGCUGAUAUUUCCUAAUGGAGGAACAUUCACAGCAGAUUGGGUCAAUGGUGAAGCAGUGACACCGCAAUCAGGGAAUGGAGGAGUAUAUACAUUUAAAGAUGGUUUAAAGCAUGAUGAAAUAGCUUGGAACUACUGCCAAGAGAAAGACAGAAGAUUCUACACAGAGAUAUGCAACGGACUAAAACCUGCAGGAUGCACACAGAAAAGAGAUGACGAUUCAAUAGCUAGAACAAUACCACUAGGUUGGUUUGAUACUGGAGAUGGAAUGUACAAUCCUGAAAAUCACGUCAUACACAAAUACGGAACUGAAGAAUUCCUUAGACAUGCAGAUCUUAAUGAACAUGAAUGGAUAGUGUCCACGUGCAGAAAAGGAGUGAAGCCGAAUGACCAGCUAGGACCUAAUGGACUUUAUCAAUAAAUGAUGUAAUAUUUUUGUUCAAUAAUGUACAGUUUUUGUUGCAAAUAAACCUUUCAUUUCUGCAAAAA